AUGAAGACUGUCGGAUGGAUUGCUUUGGGGAUUAGUCCAGCUGGAGGCAUGAAAGGUGCUGAUAUCGCAGUCGGAUGGGUUGACUCUUCUGGUAAAGUUCAUAUUCAAGAUCGAUUUGCAUUCGACAAAUCAAAACCAAUCAUAGACAACACAACUCAAGAUUGGUUUGUUCUUCAAGGACAAGAACAAAAUGGAUGGACAGCCAUUCAAUUCAAACGUUACUUUGAUUCUUGUGACCCAAUGGAUGUUCCUAUAAAAUCUGGCACGAAUAUUCUAAUAUUUGCCUAUGGUCUUGUCGAUCUUGAUUUGUGUCAAUCAAACGUUGAUAUCACGUAUCAUAAUGAUCGGAGAGGUACACGUAUGUUACCACUUCGAUCGUAUUCUGAAUCACCAGCGGAUGAUAUGUUUUCUGGACGAGAUUUCUUCGAUUUCCGUUUCGACAAUCAUUUGGUACCAUCAGCUGAUACAACGUACUAUUGCAAAGAUGUACUCAAUGAUGACCAUCUACCAGAUGGCAUAUGUGAUGAUAUUCUCACUGAAACGAGAAUCUGUUCGUCACGUUUAGCUACUGCUUGGUCAAUCGGUGCUGAUGUGACUACAGUAUAUCCGGAAGAAGCUGGUUAUCCUAUCACUACUGGUGUCGGUACUAAGUAUUUUAUGAUUAAAAUGCACUAUGACAAUCCACGACUAACUUCAAAUCUUCGAGACAGUUCAGGGAUUCGAUUUUAUCUUGGUGAUGAACUUCGACAAUAUGAUAUUGGUUACGUCUUAUUUGGAACCCUGUCUAGUCCAGCAGCUCUUGCUAUUCCACCGAAAACGGAACAACCAAUAGGCAACAUCAAACUGCAGGAAUGGCUUCUUAAUCUUGUAUGGACACCUCAAGCAGUUACUCAAUGGCAAGAGUUCUACAACAAAGCUCAACGUUUUAUUCUCUAUGAUCGAGAAGGCCAAUUCACAAAUAAAGUUUUACUCACCAUCCCGAAAUAUAAAGAUCUUACAGCUUAG